AUGACUGAUCAGCAAAAGUUCACCAUUGUGGUGAAAGUCGGGUCGUCGUCGAUCGUCGACGAGGUCACCCACGAACCAAGAAUAGCUAUUGUGUCCAUGAUCGUGGAAACUUUGAUCAAACUGCGUCGCCAGGGCCAUCGUAUCGUGCUGGUUUCCUCGGGAGCCAUCGCUAUCGGGUUGCACUCCAUGGGCAUGCAAAAACGUCCAAAACAGCUUGCGGGUGUUCAGGCUCUUUCGGCCAUUGGCCAAGGCAAGCUGAUCGCCUUAUGGGAUGACAUGUUCAAUUACCGGAACCAGAAAACCGCCCAGAUCCUGUUGACAAGAAACGAUAUCAUUGAUUUCUCGCAAUUUAGAAACGCAGAAAACACAUUGGUGGAGCUCCUGAAUAUGGGCGUUAUUCCUGUUGUCAAUGAAAACGAUACGAUCUCCACCCAAGAAAUCAAGUUUGGUGAUAACGAUACGCUUUCUGCCAUCACUGCUGGAAUGUGCAACGCAGAUUUCCUAUUUUUACUCACAGACGUCGACUGUCUGUACACUGACAAUCCGCGUGAUAAUCCUGACGCCAAGCCGGUGUUUGUGGUGAAGAACAUGAACAGUUUGGACGUGAAUACCAAAUCUUCCGGCUCGAGCGUUGGAACAGGAGGAAUGGAGACCAAACUGAUUGCUGCCGAUCUGGCCACUAACGCUGGAGUCACCACUGUGAUUUGCAACUCUCAAAAGCCAGGAGACAUGAUCAAGAUCGCUCAUUACAUUUGCGAGUCGGACUCGCAGCUCAGAUCCGCAGCAGAGUCAUGCUCUGUUGAGUCUGCCGAGGAGUUUGACCGCACAAACGUUCUCGAGAAGAUCAAGCUGGAAAAGGAGGCAAUUCCAUACCACACGCGGUUUGUUGGUCAACCACGUAAUGCCGUGAGAAACAAGGAGUUCUGGCUGCUUCACGGACUCAAGCCUGCUGGUUCGGUGAUCAUCGACAUGGGCUGCUACCAGGCCAUCACGCGGCGUAACCGUGCGGGUUUGUUACCCGUUGGUGUGAUUGGCGUUGAGGGGUCGUUUGGACAGCUUGAAUGUGUGGAGAUCAAGGUCGGCAAGAAAGACGAAACCACCGGUGAAUGGGACAGGGCCAAGGCCAUUGUUGUUGGACGUGGUCGUUGUAACUACACCUCGACCGAGGUGAACAAGAUUAAAGGUCUGCACACGCACGAGCUGCCUUCCGCGUUGGAAUACUUCAACUCCGAGUACGUUGUGCACCGCCAAAAUUUGGCCUUUCCGCUGCAUCAGGCCCCUGAGCUAGACGGGCUCGUGGACGGGCUGAGCACAGCCUUACAAAAUUUUUCUGAUCAAAAUUGA